GAGGCCCGGUGCCGCCAGGCCUGCCGCGGAGCUGUUUUCCACGAGGAGGAGACGUUAGGUUUGUCAUGACGGUGACUUUACUCCUUCUUCCUUCUUGUGUAGGCGAUCGUCUGUGACAAUCAGUCCAAAAUGCCAGCGCUGUUCUUUACCCGGCCGUUUUCAGGCCGGCUUUUGCCUCUAAUGGUCGCGCUGCUAGGUCUGACGCGCGCUGCCUUUUCUGCCAGCGCUGACCAAGGUGGUGGUAACAACAUGCAGUUUCCGUGGGAUAAAACGAGGCUCCCCAAGCACGUUAUCCCAGUGCAUUAUGAUCUCCUCAUCCAUCCUAAUCUCACCACUCUGACAUUUUCUGGGUCCGCUAAAAUAGAAAUUACAGUUAGCCAGCAAACCAGUUCAGUCAUCCUGCACAGCAAACGCCUGCACAUCACCAAGGCUGCCAUCCAGGCUGGGGCUGGCAGUGCCCGCUCCCUGCAAGAGGUGCGGGUUUUGGAGCACCAGCCCUUGGAGCAGGUGGCGCUCCUUGCUGCUGAACCACUGCGGCCUGGGCACAGGUACACCGUCAGCAUCCACUACUCUGCAAAUCUCUCCGAGUCUUUCCACGGCUUUUAUAAAAGCACCUACAGAACCCAGGACGGAGAACUCAGAGUACUUGCAUUAACACAGUUUGAACCGACAGCUGCACGAAUGGCCUUCCCGUGUUUCGAUGAACCAGCUUUCAAAGCCAGAUUUUCAAUUAAGAUUAGGAGGGAACCAAAGCACCUUGCACUAUCCAAUAUGCCAAUUAUGAAAUCUGUGAAUAUAGCUUCAUGGCUUGUUGAGGACCAUUUUGAUACCAGUGUCAAGAUGAGUACUUACCUUGUGGCCUUUAUUGUUUCGGAUUUUAAAUCCAUCAGCAAAAUAACCAGUCAUGGGAUUAAGAUUUCUGUAUUCGCAGUACCAGACAAGAUCAACCAAGCUGAUUAUGCGCUGGAUGCAGCAGUGAAACUUCUAGACUUUUAUGAGGAUUACUUUAGCAUUCCAUAUCCUUUGCCUAAGCACGAUUUAGCGGCCAUUCCUGAUUUUCAGUCUAGUGCUAUGGAAAACUGGGGACUGACCACAUACCGGGAAUCUGCAUUGCUGUAUGACCCUGACAAGUCCUCGGCAUCCUCUAAACUUUGGAUUACUAUGUUAAUAGCCCAUGAACUGGCUCAUCAGUGGUUUGGCAACCUGGUUACCAUGGAGUGGUGGAAUGAUCUCUGGUUAAACGAAGGGUUUGCAAAGUUUAUGGAGUUCGUGUCAGUCAGCAUUACCCACCCAGAACUGAGAGUUGAAGAUUAUUUCUUAGGCAAAUGUUUUGAUGCCAUGGAAGUGGAUGCAUUAAAUUCAUCGCAUCCUGUGUCUACUCCUGUGGAAGAGCCAGCUCAAAUUUUAGAAAUGUUUGAUGAUGUUUCUUAUGAAAAGGGAUCUUGUAUAUUAAAUAUGCUGAGGGACUAUAUGACUGCUGAUGUGUUUAAAGCUGGACUUGUGCAGUAUCUGCAGAAAUACAGCUAUCAGAAUACAAAAAAUGAAGAUUUGUGGAACAGUAUGACAAAGAUCUGCCCUACUGUAGGUACUGAUGAAAAUGAACUGCAAGGUGAUAAUUUUUGCAGAAGAAACCAACCGUCAUCUUCAACUGCACACUGGACCAGAAGAGAGACUCUUGAUGUGAGGGCAAUGAUGAACACUUGGACACUGCAGAAAGGUUUUCCCUUGGUAACCGUCACAGUGAGAGGAAAGAAUGUCCAUUUGCAGCAGGAGCGCUACAUGAAGGGAGUGGAUUCUCCUUCACCCAAAGAGUACUUGUGGCAUAUUCCACUAACCUACAUUACCAGUAAAUCUGACACUGUUCAAAGAUUUUUGAUGACAACUAAAACAGAUGUCCUCAUCCUUCCAGAAAAGGUAGAAUGGAUUAAAUUCAAUGUUGGCAUGAAUGGAUAUUACAUUGUGCACUAUGAAGAUGAUGGAUGGGAUCAUCUGAUUAAACUUUUGAAAGAGAACCGUACAGUGAUUAGCGGCAAUGACAGAGCAAGUCUCAUUAACAAUGUCUUCCAGCUUGUGAGAAUAAAAAAGCUGUCAAUUUCCAAAGCUUUUGAUCUAACUUUAUACCUGAAACAUGAAACGCAAAUCAUGCCUGUAUUCCAAGGCAUGAAUGAACUGAUUCCCAUAUACAAGCUCAUGGAGAGGAGGGAUAUGGGUGAUACAGAAAAUCAGUUAAAGGAGUAUAUAGUCAAUCUAUUUAAAGACCUAAUUGACAAGCAGUCUUGGAACGAUGAAGGCUCAGUGUCUGAGAGAAUGCUCAGACACUCGCUCCUCCUGUUUGCGUGUGUGCGUGGAUACCAGCCGUGUGUGGACAAAGCACGAGAAUAUUUUAUGAAAUGGCAGAAAUCCAAUGGAACUUUGAGCUUGCCAACAGAUGUGAAGACAGCAGUGUACGCUAUUGGAGCACAAACAUCUGAAGGCUGGGAUUUCCUCUUUAGUAAAUACAGGCUGCAUUCAUUCAACGUAGAGAAAGAUAAAAUUGAAGUAGCUCUCAGCCUCAGCAGAAAUAAUGACAAACUUCAGUGGUUAAUGGAUCAAGGUCUGCAUGGUGACAUGAUAAAAACACAGGAUCUUCCACAUAUUAUUGUGUUUGUUGCCAGAAACCCAUCUGGCUAUCAUCUAGCUUGGACAUUCUUAAAGGAAAAUUGGGAGAAACUUGUAGAAAAAUUUGAACUUGGUUCGCAUUCCAUAGCAGAGAUUGUCACUGGAGUGACAAAUCAAUAUUCAACAAGGUUGCAGCUUGCAGAGGUGAAAGAAUUCUUCAAUUCUCUGGAGGAAAAAAGUUCGCAGCUUCGUUGUGUGCAACAAGCUAUUGAAACCAUUGAAGACAACAUACAGUGGAUGGACAGAAAUUUUGAGAAGGUCAAAACAUGGCUACAAAACAACAAACUGUAAAACGUUGUUUACAUUUAUCAAAAAUAACUGAAAAAGCACUGAAAACUCUGGGUUGGAGAGAAAGCUGAAUUUUAUAAAUUUAUUUCUUUAGCAGGAGCUCUAAGGCAGCCUAAUCCUAAUUCUCAGUAUUUUUAUAUUUCAGUCUUGUGGUUUGCUGGGGAUAAAACUAGACUGUUCAUGGAUCUUUUCACUAGGUCGCAGUUUUAGGAAAAAAAAAGGAACUUGUUCACUGUACAAUGAGCUAAGGGGUAGGGGAGGCUGAUUACUGGAGAUCUAGGAUUAAUUUAUUUAUUCUGAAAAAGCAGAAAGUAUUUGGAGACAAAUAACCAAGUGAAGCUUUCCACUUGUGAAUGCUUACCCUUCCUCUAUCUUUCCCACAAAGGUACAAGUAGCAGCUUUAGUUAAUACUGGAGUGAACACAAGUUACGUAGCAAAGACAUUUUUGCUGUGCACGUGCCUUUAUCCUCUUGGUCUAUGAUGCAGGAGAACAAUUUUUAUAAAUAUUCAUCUCAGAUCAAGCAUCACAGAAUUUAAAAAUAGUACCAACUAUAGUUAACCUUGCAGACUUCAAAAUAAAUAAGGACGACGUCUGCCUUAGGCAAGCUUUACUGUAGUGUUUUAGGGCUGGAGGCAGUUGUAAUGGUGUGGAAGCUGUGCAGUGGUAGUGGCUCCAUCUCUGCUGAGGUGACACAGAGUGUGAGCUGCACAUUUCAGUCCCCUUAAUCCCACCCUGUUCCAGUUAAGUCUGGACUACUACUUUUGCUACUGAUGUAAAUGCCUUGCCUAUGGUCUUAAUACAGGGAAAAGGCCUGUUUAUUUUUAUGUUAAUAUUGAGGAAAUCAGAAUGCGAUUUGUAAGCAAAAAAAAAAAGGGGGGGGGAAAUCUCAUUUUAGAUUAUUAAUCAAUCAGUUCUAGCUAGAAUUUAGUUUUUAUAUUUCUGCUUUUAAUGAGCCCUUUUUUACCUAAUUGAAUUUUACCUGCUUUCAGAUAAAAAUGACUCUAUCCGUUUCCAUAUCAUGGGGGCAUAUUUAUCAUCUGCAGCCCACUAAUCAGGAUUGUAAGGUAACUACUGUAAGCAGAAAAAUGAUGACUAUUAGGCCCCCCAAAAGGUACAGAUACUUAAGAAAGCCGAGCUGGAAUCUUGGAGUGUUGUGGGAGUUUUUUUUUUUGUUGGUUGAAAAAAAAAAAAAAAAA